AUCUCAUGUUCAGCCUGCAGCAGAAAACACUGCUACCUGAUUAACAAGCCUUGAAAGGACUUUGAGAACAUAUUCAUCAUUUUGUCAGGCUUGACCAAUGAAUUUUAUAAAAACAUAAGGAUAUUUUGUAAAUGUCUGCCCCAUAACUGCCCAAAUCUGCCUUGCCCUUCAGUCAAGGAGAGCCUGUUAAUAGAAAACAUGUCAUACAUUUUUGCCUGUGAAUAAUAAUGCCUUCAUUAUAUGGCAAAAAUCUGCUGGUGGAGGAAGAAGACUCCUUUUAAGAAAUUUACUGUUAAGAAAUUUUUUCAGUGGUGAAAAAGGCUGGCACCCCCUUAUAAUAUGAAGCCAUUUGAGCAAAGCUCAUUGUUUCUGCUGCUGCCAGUUGUGUUUAGAGUUGUGUGCUCCUCCUUUAUUAGUGUGAACCUUGGGAUGAAAGUGAUGAAGGGACAGUCUGUCUUCCUGUCAGAGGAAGACCUCAAGUUCUCCAUCCCCAGAGAGAAGGAUGUCUGCAAAGUAGAAGUUGUGAUUAAUGAGCCAAUAACACAGAGGGUUGGGAAACUUACUCCACAGGUUUUUGACUGUCACUUCCUUCCUAAUGAAGUCAAAUAUACCCACAAUGGAUGUCCAAUUUUAGAUGAAGACAUGGUCAUGCUUAGGCUGUACAGGUUUACAGAAACGGAAACAUUUGUAGAAACAUUCACCCUUCAUGUACAGUUACUUGAGCCAGACUGUAACAUCAUAAAAAUGCGCUCCCAUGCUUUGGAGGUCCCUGAAUACUACGGUCUCUCUAGGGUGAUUGACAAGAAUAUCCUCACCUUUGAUUAUGACAGAAAGAUAAACCUGGAUUGCUCCAUUUCCAUAAUCUCUUCAGAAACUCACCUGCCUGCUCAUGGCCAGCUUAUUGCCCGGAAAGUGCGGCAAGAGCAGUUUCGUGGAGAUCAGCCACGGGGCUUCUUCCCUGGUACUAAGCGCAGCCUGGGCCAACACUGCAAAAAUGGGAGCUGUACACUGGGACUAGGAGUUAUUAACAACAAAAAGAUGAGCUGUGAAGAAUUUCUGGGGAUGGGAAUUCAGUAUCAACACCUCUACCCCCCCUCACCUGACACUGAUUACAUCCCCGUGAGGUUGGAUCUCUCAGACAGCAGAAGCAAAACUCUGCACAAGACAGAAUAUGCAUGGCUCCCUGUUCGGAUUAGAGGUGCUGUUCCCAACCAAAUACCCAAAGCUACCCCAAUGGCAAAGUUCAUCCUGGAAGUAGAUCAGUUUAUUUUAACCCCUAUUACAACCACAACCAUUGAUGCCGAAGACAAUGAAACUCCAAAGUCCCUUCUUAUAUUCAACAUUACCAAGCCACCUCCACAGGGCUUUAUCACUCACCUCUCUGACCACACAAAACCUGUUGGCUCCUUCACGUGGAAGGAUCUCAGUGACAUGCUCAUUGCUUAUCAGCCUCCAAAUAACAGCCACACGGAGAGGAGGAAUUAUGAGGUGGAAUUUGAGGUGCAUGACUUGUACUUUGAAAGGAGUUUACCAAUCGCUGUGCAUCUUUCUAUCAGAACAACAGAUACGAAUGCCCCUCGUGUUUCAUGGAAUACAGGCCUCAACCUCCUAGAGGGACAAUCCCGACCCAUCACAUGGCAACAGUUCCAAAUUGUGGACAAUGAUGACAUCCAAAACGUUCGCUUGGUCACAGUUGAUGGCUUACAGCAUGGGCGGCUGUCAGUGAGAGGACAGAAAGGAUUCCUGUUCACCGUCUCUGACAUUCAGGCUGGGGUUGUUCAUUACCAUCACGAUGACAGUGAUUCUACUAAAGACUUUGUGGUAUUUAGAAUCUUUGAUGGCCCCCACAGUAUUCGACAUAAGUUUCCGAUAAAUAUCCUCCCAAAAGAUGAUAGCCCUCCAUUUCUGAUCAGCAAUGUGGUCAUUGUAGUUCACGAGGGGCAGACAAUGCUGAUUCAGAGCUCCAUGCUUCAUGCUUCAGACAUGGAUUCCAGUGACGACUACAUACUAUUCAAUAUUACCAAGCCAUCACAGGCUGGAGAAAUCAUGAAGAAACCAGGACCAAACUUAAUAGGGUAUUCUGUCAACAGUUUUCUUCAGAGGGAUCUAUUUAAUGGCAUAAUUUAUUAUCGUCAUUUGGGAGGAGAAGUGUUUGAAGAUUCCCUUGAGUUUGUGCUAUGUGAUAGCCAUGACCCUCCAAAUCUCUCAGAGCCACAGGUGAUGAUGGUUCACAUUAUCCCUGUGGAUGACCAGCUACCCAGAGAAGUUCCUGGAGCAACCCGUCACCUGGUUGUUAAGGAGACUGAGAUUUCCCACCUCACUAAGAAACAUCUCCACUUCACAGAUGUGGAAGAGCAAGACAGGGAGCUCACAUACAACAUAACCACUUCCCCAUUUUUCUCUUGCAGCCAUGGCUACUCAGAUGCUGGGAAGCUAUUUAUGGUGGACACCAUCCCCAAAUUGGUCAAGGAUCCUGCUGCUCUUGCACUGCAGUCAUUUACUCAGCAUGCUGUGAACUAUAUGAAAGUUGCUUACAUGCCACCCCUGCAGGACAUUGGACCUGAACCUCAGCAAGUCCAGUUUAUUUUUUCUGUCAGCAAUCAGCAUGGGGGCACUUUGUAUGGGAUCUGCUUCAAUAUUACAAUUCUUCCUGUGGACAAUCAGGCCCCAGAGGUCUUUACAACCCAUUUGAGAGUGGAAGAGGGUGGCAUGACCCCUAUUACAGAAGGACACAUUCUCAUCUCUGACGCAGACACGAAACGGGAGCAUCUCUUCCUGCUCCUGCAGAGGCAGCCGCAGCAUGGGGUAGUGGAGCUGGAUGACAUUCCCAUGAAAGGAGGGGACAGGCUUUCCUAUGAGGACCUGUGUACCCUGGCAGUCAGAUAUCGUCAUGACGGCUCGGAGACUCUCACUGAUGAUGUUUUCUUUUCAGCCACAGAUGGCAUCCAUUUUGUAGAGUUCAUCCUGCAUGUCAAGGUGCUGCCUGUGAAUGAUCAGCUACCUGUUAUGCAAACAGGCCUUGUUCCCGUGCUCCACUGCCUGGAGGGUGAAGCAGUAGUUCUCUCCUCACAGCACAUUUAUGCCACAGACGCGGACAGCGAUGACAUGGAGCUGAUGUUCAUGCUGGCCCGCCAGCCCUACCAGGGCGUAGUGAGGAAAGCUGGCAUUGCCGUGGAUCGUUUCUCCCAAGCCGAUGUCGUCGCUGGUUUAGUCACAUACAAGCACACUAGCGGUGAGAUUGGCCUGACUCCUUCCAUUGAGAUCUUAACCUUGAUUGUCUCUGAUGGUGAGGCUGGCCUAGAUGUGAAAGACUGCUGUUAUGAUGGACCUCGUUCUCCUCCAGUUUCACGUGAUGAUCCAUUUCCUGUCUAUGACCUUAACAUCACUGUACUUCCAGUGGAUAACCAGCCUCCAUCAAUUGCAACUGGUGCAAGUUUUGUGGUGGAGGAGGGCUCCUCAGCAGCCCUUACUACCAAUCACUUAUUUGCCACUGACCCUGACACCACUGCAGAUGACUUAGAGUUUGUGUUGGUUUCUCCUCCCCAGUUUGGCUACAUUGAAAAUAUACUGCCUUCUCCUGGGUUUGAGAAGAGCAACAUGGGAAUAAGCAUAGUUUCAUUUCAGCUGAAGCACCUGAAAGCCAUGAAUAUAAACUAUGUUCAAGCUAGGCACUUGCAAAUGGAGCCAACAGAAGACAAGUUUGUACUUUAUGUCACUGAUGGGUUACAUAGAUCAGCAGAGAUCCCAUUUUUUGUGCUAAUCAGCCCAACCAAUGAUGAAGUUCCAGAAUUCAUAACCAGGAAUAUUACUGUUCAGGAAGGAGAGAUGAAAGAGCUGAACCUGUCUGUUAUCAAUGCAGUUGAUCUGGAUGUGCCUCAAGACCCUCUGGUGUUCAGGGUUGUGCAGAGGCCCUUGUACGGAUUCCUUAUUAAUGGUGUUCACGGCGGUGAUGUUCUACAUUAUAGAGACUUAAUUAACCAUGAUCACCACAGCCAUGGCUUGCUUGUUCAUGACUUUUCCAUGGAGCUACUGAGGAAUGGAAUGAAGCUGAUGUACAUGCAUGACAACUCUGAAAACCUCACUGACAGCUUUAGAAUUCAGCUAUCAGACGGAAAACAUAAAGUCCUCAGAACCAUUUCAGUGAAAGUCAUUCCAGUUAAUGAUGAGAAACCAGUGCUGAGCAAGAAGAACAAUAUAGAGGUGAACAUAGGUGAAACUCAAAUAAUUUCUAGCGCUGUUCUGUCAGCAGAAGAUAAAGAUACCCCCAGGGAGAGAAUUUACUACUUAUUUGAAAGACUUCCAGAAAAUGGUCAGCUUCAGCUCAAGGUAGGACAAGAGUGGGUGACUCUCCGAACAGGAAUGAAGUGCACUCAGGAAGAGGUGGAUAUGAACCUUGUGAGAUAUGUCCACACAGGAGCUGUGGGAUCCAAGAAAAAAGACAGCUUCACAUUUUACCUCUGGGAUGGGUACAACAGAUCCCCAGCUGUGGACUUCUACGUAAAUAUCAAGGACUUGGAAAAGGGAGACAUAGUGGUUUUUACGAAACUUUUAAGUGUGCCAAAAGGGGACCACAGCUGCAUUACAACUGAUGUCCUCCUUGCACUGGAUGGUACUGACAAGCCAGAGGAGCUCCUUUAUGUGAUAACCUCCCCACCCCAGUAUGGACAAAUAGAGUAUAUCAGCUAUCCUGGCAUCUCCAUUACGAGCUUCAGUCAAAUGGAUGUAGCACGACAGAUUGUCUGCUAUGUUCACAAAGCCAAGGCAGCUGCUCGUGAAGAUACAUUCAGAUUCAUCAUCAGCAAUGGACUGAGGACUAAGCAUGGGACAUUCAAGAUCGCCUUGGAGGCAGCUGACCAGGCUUUGCCCACUCUUUCUAGGAACAUGGGGUUAAGAUUAACAGAAGGAUCUAUGGCACUUCUUACUUCUGAUGUCCUGCAGCUUUCAGACCCAGAUACUGCGAAAGAAAACCUUACCUUUGUCUUGGCUCAGCUCCCCCAGUAUGGGCAUCUCUAUUAUCAUGGGGAUGUGCUACUGCAGUACAAUUUCACACAGCAAGAUGUGGACAACAGGGAUGUGGCAUACAAGCACCGAGGUGGGAAUUCCCAGAUUGACAGAUUUACAUUUGUUGCCACAGAUAGGACUAACCAAGGCUUCAUCGUGAAUGGGAGGGUGCAGAGCAAGCCAGUGGCAUUCACCAUUCAGGUGGAUCAUUUGGACAAAAUGGCACCAAAAAUCAUUCAUCUCCAUUGCUUUUCUGAUGUGGAACUGCUGAAGAACGGCAAUUAUGGGAUCUUUAUUACUGCCAAGUCCCUGAGGGCAUCUGACCCCAAUACAGAAGAUGACAAAAUAAUUUUUAAGAUUUUGCGAGGUCCUCAUUAUGGCUACCUGGAAAAUAUAACAACAGGUGGAUUCAUUCAGGAAGGAUUUAGCCAAAAGGAUUUAAACAGCAAAAUCAUACUUUAUGUCAUCAACCAAUCACAAGAAGUGAAUUCAGACAACUUGGAGUUUCAAGUGACAGACACCAGUGGAAACUCUGCAGCACCCCAAAGGCUGGAGCUGCGGUGGUCUCGAAUUGAAAUGCUGCAGACUGAAUAUGAGGUGUGUGAAAACAUGGGAGUGAUGUCUCUGAAAAUCACCAGGGCAGGACACUCGGGGGAGUCUGCCUUUAUAACCGUGAAGGUCAAUGAAAUAUCUGCUAGGCUGGGAAAGGACUUCACUGUGACUUCCUCCAAGCUUGUUCAGUUUGAUCCAGGAGUGUCAACCAAGAUGUGGAAUGUAGCAAUUACCUAUGACGGAUUAGAAGAAGAUGAUGAAGUCUUUGAAGUAGUUCUGAACUCCCCUGUGAAUGCUGUUCUUGGCACACGGACAAAAGCUGUAGUGAAAAUUUUGGACUCAAAAGGAGGUCAAUGCAGCUAUUCCCGCUCUUCUGGCCAAAGCAAGCAUGACUUCUGGGGGAGAGGCACACUGUUCCCAGUUUCCUUGGGCUCCUCAUCACCUUCCAGGCCUGGCAAUGUUUCCUUGGAAGGGAUCCCACUGCCUCCCUCCAAAGGGAUGAGAGAGCACGGAGGGGACCUGCAGCAGGAGCGCAGCCUGGCGAAUCGGUCAAGGACCAGGCUGAGAGUAACUGGAAAUGGCAGAAUAGUUCAGCCUUCAUCUGUAUUUAGAAAUGAAACAGAUGUGGUUUUCAAAUAUCAUGGGAUUGUAUCACUCAAAACAGAGGAAGACACCUCCUUCGCUGAAACCAACAAGAAGGCACAACCACAGAUAAAUGUCAUCUCCUUCAGGAAAACAGAAAUCCCACAGGCUGAUAAGGCAGAACUUGCAGUUCAACCAAGAUCAAGACAUAAGGAGGUAGCUAUGAAGAAAUGUCCCUCUGGAUGGACUUAUCAUGAGGGCAGCUGCUACUUCCUGGUGCUGAAUCACAGGGUCACCUGGAACACUGCUGCUCAGGCUUGCAGAGAACAAUACCUGGGGAGUCUAACAAGUGUGGCUAAUGAACAACAUAUGCGGUGGCUGUGGGACUUCAGUGGGAAGAGGCCCUUUUGGAUUGGUUUGAAUGACCAAGUCAACCCUGGACAUUGGGAGUGGAAUGGAGGAGAGCCUGUAACCUACAUGAACUGGAGAAGAAGCUCCCACCACUUUCCAGUGAAAGGAAGAAAUUGUGUAUUUGUGCAGAAGCAAGGAAAAUGGCAGGCAACUGACUGCAAGAAGGUUAAGCCAAACAGCUAUAUGUGUUCAAGAAAGCUGUAAUGGAUGGAGGAUGCCUCUGAAAGCAUAUGGACAUUCAUGCUAUUUCAGUAUGUUAGGUGCAUUACAAAACCUUCCUAGUUAUCAACAAGGCUUGUUUUAUAUGCUGUCAGAGAUGUUUACAUAUACACCUAACCAAGGUACAGAGAUCAGCUGCAAAAAUUAAUCUCAGGUUAAGGUUUUGAAAUCUCCCCAAAGAUUUUGAUCUGUCACUUAGUCAUACGUAUUUUUAUACCAGAGUCUCAAGUCUUUCAUCACACUUCUGUGUAAUAGUACUUUUUCUUUUAAAGAAAGUACCAUGUCAGUUGAUUUGCUUUGCUCUUAAAGGAAGGGUUGUGAACUGCAGUUUUACUCUGCAGGCACAAAAAGAGGAUAUACUGCUGGGAUUGAAAAUGAGGGUAAACAGCUGUUUAAAAACAGAUGUUCUUGGGUGAUAAUGGGAGUGACAUCACAUGAGUACUGGAGUUUCUUUGGUGAUGCACUAGUACAUCUUACAAAGGUACAAAUAGCUGGACAUUGCCCGGUGACAGAGUACUAACAGGAGCAAAGACUUGAAUUUACCUUCCACCUCCCAAGGCCAGCUUCGGAACCUAAUGGGUCUGCCCACACAGAGUUGCAUCUGUUUCCCAUUCCUAAGGAAUUUUUUUCUAAUUUUUUUUUAUUUUUAUUUUUUUUUUUCCAGAACUGCAGGAUGGUGCUGUAAUUUUUAGUGUAAUUAAAUAAUGGGACAUCUCUAAAUCAAAUACUAUAGCAAAUGAUGAUUUAUUUAAAAAAAACAUGUAAACUUAAUCCUAGGAUAUUAUCUGGGGAUAUUCACUGAUACAUGAACAUCAAUAGGAUUUGUAUGUGUGUAUAAACCAAUGUAAUCAUGAGAUAUAUUUUGUAGUAAAGCAGCUAUGGCUUUGGAAAAGAAUUAAUCUAAGUCCUUAUUAGGGAUUUGAGGCUUUUAAAAAUAAUAUUUAAAAACCCACAUUUAUUUCUGAGAAAGGCUUAAAACCCAGCAAUUAAUAGAAAAAAAACCAGCUGGCCAGAAUUUAUUAUGUUAGAUAAAUAUAGCUGCAUUAUAACUAUUUUGUAACAGUAUAGUAGAUUUAUAUUUUACCUGUCAAAAGGUUGCUUUGGGACAUUUUACUGCCAGCCUUAAAAUGACAAAAAACCCAAACCAACCAACCAAAACAAACAAACAAACAAACAAAAAACCCAAACAAACCCAAAACCAAACAUAAAAUGAGGAUCCAUGCAUAGGCUUCCUAAAAAAAAUAAAUUAAAGCUCCUCUCAACAGGAGUCAGUGUGUGACAGUUGGUUUGGAAGUGAGUAGGGUGAGUAUGCCCUGUACCUAUGAACUCUCAUCCUUCCCAUCUGCCUGCCUGCUGCCAGCAGUUCAUCCCCCCUUUGCUGGUCUAUUCAGCCAGCCACUGGAUCAGUUUUGCAACAGAGCUGCAAAACCUCCUUCUUGGGUUCCUCAUAGCAAUUUCUCAGUCUUGCAAGGGAUAGACAGAGCAGAAUCACCUCUCCUUUCUGAGAUGGACACUGUUUCAGGGGUUAUAUAUUUGCCUCUGUUAUGCUUGGUGACUUAUCUUUCCUUCUUGCCUGUGACAAGUCAAAUCAAAAUGUGAGCAGCUGAAAAGUCUGAACAGUCUUUCUGUAUAGGAGAGAACCUUCCUGAAAGGACUGUUGCCAAUAAGUAUGAGUGCAUCACAGAACUGGAGAAAAAAACAUACUCAGUGAGAGAACCUCCUCACCGUUUUUGGGUUUUUUUUUUUUGCUAUCAACAGAUGCAGACAAAAGGAUUUCCAGGAAUUUUUUUUUAUGGUAAUAUUUAUGACAAGUUUCUAGACGUUUCUAGUCAGAAAUUCUUUUGUUUAAGGAGUUUUGUAGGUCAGCAUAGAUAUGCUAUUUGUCUCAAAACAACUACUUCUAAAUAUCUGGUUUUACAUCUGUUUUUAUUUCUGAAAGGUUUUGUUACAGAAAAAAAAGUAAGUGUCUAAAAAGCACUCUCAAUAUCUCUUAGUGGUAUGUUCUGGAAUGCCAGGGAAAAUUGACUUAGACAAAAAUAUAAACUUUAUUUCUUUAGGGCUUUUUAAAAUGAAAGCUGUAGAAUUUAUUGGUGCUAAUUAGACAAAGCCUAUUCAAAUACCUCUCCCAAUUAUAUAAUAAAUGAAUUAUAUCAACAGAGUAAGGAUUCUGCAAAGGUGCUUGUUACUUGAUCAGUAACUAAUAAAUUACUUCUGCCAUCUGACACAACAGUGACCUCAGGUUUGCUUUUGUGAGAGUAGGGGAAAUCUUCCCUUUUCUGAACUUCAUUUUAACUACUUUAAAGUGAUUGCAGAGUAUGAAGAUUUCACUACACAAAAGAUUCUUAGUUGUGCAAACUGCAUGAGUUUACUGAUUGAAGUAUAUCUAACACAAUACACUAAUGAAACUAAAUUUCUUCUAUUACAGAGCAAAUAUAUUUCUGCCCUGAAAGGCUGCUGAAUUUUUUUCUAAUACAAUUAACUGUUCCAAACAUUUAAUCAAAAAAUUUUAUUUUUUCUGUCUUUA